AUGACGAGAAAAAAUCGUACUCCAAAAGAAUUUUUACUAACAAUCUUAAACCAACAUCUAAAAUUCCUAAAAAGAACAAAAGAAAAAAUCCCAAAUAAAUAUCAUAAAGAUAUCGAAACGCAGGAAGAAAGAACAAAAAACUAUUAUGCCCGUGUUACCAAAAAAGAAUUCGUUGAUUACGAUACUUUAAGGAAUGAAUUUGAAAAAGAAAAGAGAUUAAAUGGGGUAAUUAGAGGAAAGGAUAAGGAAAUCGAAAUGCUUCGGUCUGACAAUAACGAAAAGGAUAAGGAAAUCGAAAUGCUUCGGUCUGACAAUAACGAAAAGGAUAUUCUUCGGUCUGACAAUAACGAAAAAGAUAAUCAAAUUGAAGAACUCGAAACUAAAAUGAAAUAUUUACACUUCGACAACUUCAACCUAGCCAAACAGUCCGAUAGUAGUAUUUCGCAAUUAUUUUGGAAAUUUUCCCGACAACAACAGCCAAAUCAAGAUCAUGAAUGCCCACUUCAAGGAAGUUACCUAAAUCAUUCUGUGCGUGAAUUAUCAGUUGUGUCUCAUUUGGUCUUUUACUUGAAAAAAGAAGUAGAAAGUACCGAAAACGAAUAUCUCAGAGUGCCCGAAAAUGAGAAACAAAAAUGGUUGAAGAAGAGAACAACGAUUGUUCGAGAAUAUUACAACAAUAUUCUAAAAAUAAAACAUCCAACUAUUGAGGAUCAAUAUUUACUUCCUCAGCAACAAACUUCAUUGCAACACCAAUUGACUCGUCAACCUUCGUUUGUUAUUCUCGAUGAUUUUAAUUUUGAAUAA